AUGACUGAUGAAAACGCUUUUGUUCCCUCUGUUCACCCAGCAACAUCGAACAAGAUGAUGUUAUCAAAUCCUAAUAUUAAACCAACCUCUAAGCCAUAUCUAUCUAGUACAACAAAUACUAUUAACAAUACGACACAAAGAACAUGUCUAGGUGAUAUUUCUAAUCAGGUUCAUCACUUACCAAAGGCUUCAUCCCUUCCAUUCAAAGCAAAGCCUUUGACUAACAAUUUAAAUAAUAGCAAGGAGAAUAUUAAACUCCAUAUGGUUCCUAAACUCACCAAUAAUAAUACUACAACUACCACCACUACCACCACAACUGCUACUACUACUACAUUGAUCCAACAACCACAAUCUACCACUAACACCUUUGUACCAACUUGUAUCCCUCCACAUAACACACAUUCCUUGAUUACACCUAGUAGCCUUUCGUCUUUUAAUUCUACCACCUCUAUUAAUACUACCACUUCCAUUAAUCUCAUUACUCCACAACAUAAUAUUACUCUGAAAGAAGCUCAAUCUCCACCACCAAAGAAGGCUUCCCUUUUGAUUAGUAGUCCAAAGAUUGACGAAAAGGAUUGUUAUGAUCCACAACACUGUACUGAAUAUAUCAAGGAUAUUGUUAAUCAUUAUAAAUCGAUAGAGAAGAAGUAUUUACCUGAUUCAAAUUAUAUGGGAAGACAACAAGAUUUACAACCGCAAAUGAGAGCAAUUCUCAUUGAUUGGCUUAUUGAUGUUCAUUGUAAAUUCCUUUUGGUUCCUGAAACUCUUUACUUGACUAUUAACCUUGUAGAUAGAUUCCUUUCUGAAAAGGCAGUUUCGAGACAACGUCUUCAAUUACUUGGUAUCACUGCAAUGUUUAUUGCUUCAAAAUAUGAAGAAAUUUCUAGUCCAAUUGUUGCUGACUUUGUAAAGAUUACAAAGGAUGCUUACACUAGAGAUGAAGUUUUAAGAAUGGAAAGAAUUAUGCUUCAAGUUUUAGAUUUCAAUUUGACAGUUGCUUCCUCUAAUGUUUUCCUCAAACGUUAUCUUAAAUGUGGUAGAUGUACAGAACUUCAAACAUUUAUUGCCAUUUACUUGAGUGAAUUGUCAUUGAUGGACUAUGCUCAAUUAGAGUUUACACCAUCUACAAUUGCCUGUGCAGCUGUCUAUUUAUCAAAACAUUUGACACAAGACUUGGAACAAUGGGAUUUGGUGUUACAACAUUAUACUGAAAAGUCUGAAGAAGAUAUUUUACCAUGUGCUAGAGUAAUGUUGAAAUAUUUGAAGAAGAUUUCUUCACAAAGACGUGAUGCUCAUACCAAACCAUUGGUUGCUGCUGUUAAUAAGUAUAAGAAGGAAGACAAGUUGUCUGCCUCAAGAGUCUGUGCCAAGAUGGUAGAUUCUGUGCAAAUAUAAUUCAAUCCCACACCAACAAAUCUUUUACCACCCAUUUUAAUUAACACCAAUCCAUUCUCAUUCCCUCUUCACCCAAUAUCACAUUCACCAAAAUCUUAAUUGCGCUUUUAAUUAAGCUUAAUUUAUAAUAAACACAAACACUUUCGAG